AUGGGGAGCGAUUCUGAGCAGUUGUGCUCCGAACCCUUUGUAGAGGGCCCCGACACCUUCGCUCUUGACGGUCUUGACCAGACAGUCGAUUGGACCGGAGUACUUGUUGCCCUGCUGGUUGUAGACUCUCGUGAGGAUGACAUCUCCAGGAUUCAUCACCACACCGACUCCCAGGCCGGAGAUCGUGCUGGACAACAGAUGGAGGUGUGUUCCUUCGUCGAUCCAGCCGGUUUUGAGCAGCUCGUGUUUGGCAAAGUUGUAGAUUGGCAGCUGGACGGACGAGCCCAUUCCCGUUCUGAUGAUGGCCGCGUCCACGCCCUUGAACAGCCCCAGCACACCGCCCUGCUUGAACUGCGACGAAAGACCGUCCCAGGUGGACUUGUAGUGGGUCUGCUCUCCGAUCUGGAUGCUUGUGGAGUACGAUUGCAUUCGGGUCUUGAUCAGGUAGAACGGCGACCCGAUGAUGGCUCCCGCGAUACCGGAAAGAGCGCCGGAAACAACGUUGAUGGGGAUGUUUUGCACGGAGUGCGCUUCCCGCGACGGGAACACGAGUCCGUUCAAGAAAUUCCGCACGGGCUCGUACAGACCCAGUCUACAUCCAUUCAGACCGAGUUGAUAGAUGUAUGCGCAGAACAGACCUUUCUGACACCCACGGAUGCCCUCGUUCUUGUAGAUUAG